AUGGUUGCACCUAUUACUUCAAAGCAGGAAUUCGCUGAUACAUUAUCCCAUGAUGGAUUAGUUGUUGUUGAUUUCUUUGCUACUUGGUGUGGUUCUUGUAAAAUAAUUGCUCCAUUGUUAGACAAAUUUUCAAAGGAGUACACUCAGGCUAAGUUUAUUAAAGUGGACGUCGACGAAUUUGGUGAUAUUGCACAAGAGUAUGAGAUUACUGCAAUGCCAACGGUUCUUUUCUUCAAAGGUGGAAAGCUUAUCAACAAAAUUAUUGGAGCUAAUCCUGCUGCAUUGAAGGAGGUCAUUGCAUCUAAUGCUUAG